AUGGUCCGAGCUACCAUCUUCAAGGAUUUGUUAAUAUUGGCGGCACCUGUUGUUGCCAGUAUCAAUUAUCCACCCAUUCCGGAGGACUUGACAACACCAUUCCAGGUGCGCUUGGCAGUCAGUGGACACAAUGGUAAGAAGGAGCAGCCAUCAAAUGAACAUGUUUGGAACCGAAAAACUCACGAAAAUCGUAAUAAAGCUGUCACAAUUGGAUGGAAUACAUACGAAGCAUUCAAUAAGAGCUGUGUGGCAUAUGGUACCUCACCGGACAACCUGAGCUCUCACUCAUGCUCGUCCUCUUCGGUGACCUACAGCACCUCCCGCACCUGGUCUAACAUGGUAGUAUUGAGUGGCUUGGACCCGGCCACCGCGUACUACUACAAGAUCAUUUCGGCGAACUCGAGUGUGGAACCUUUCCUUAGCCCUCGGAUUCCCGGAGAUAAGACCCCCUUCAAUAUGAAUGUCGUUUCAGACUUGGGAAUCUACGGCAAAGACGGGUUCACAAUUUCGAGAAGAGACGCAAUCCCUUACGUCCAGCCCGAGUUGAACCACACCACUAUUGGCCGUCUUGCCAAAACACUUGAGGACUACGAAGUCGUCAUUCAUCCGGGUGACUUCGCAUACGCCGACGAUUGGUACCUCAAGCUGCCAAGCGCGCAAGAGGGUCAAAAGGCCUACCAGUCGAUUCUAGAAGGAUUCUAUGAGCAACUUGCACCAAUCACUGGACACAAAAUUUACAUGGCCAGCCCAGGUAACCAUGAAGCGGACUGCAGCGAGGUUCGACGUCUCCUUAAACUGUGCCCCGAGGGUCAGGAGAACUUUACCGAUUUCAAGCACCACUUUGGAAAAACCAUGCCUCAACCAUUCACUUCGUCUUCAUCUAACAAAUCCGCUCAGACGCAGUCCGACAAAGCGCGUAAUUUCGCGAGGCCCCCUUUUUGGUAUUCUUUUGAAUACGGUAUGGCGCACGUGGUGAUGCUCAACACGGAAACUGAUUUCCCUAAUGCACCGGACUCUAAGCUGGAAAGUGGUCCAUUUGGCAAAAAAGGCGAGCAGCUGGAAUUUCUGGACGCCGAUUUGUCCAGCGUGGACCGGGAAGUGACCCCAUGGGUCAUUGUGGCUGGCCACCGUCCGUGGUACAGUACCGACUCUGUGCAUCGUUGUGAGUCGUGCCAAGAUGCAUUCGAAAAGCUGUUGUAUAAGUAUGGCGUCGAUCUAGCCGUAUUUGGACAUGUGCACAACUCACAGAGAUUGCUCCCUGUUUUCGAUGGGAUUGCUGAUCCACGCGGCAUGCACAACCCGAAAGCCCCUAUGUAUAUUAUUUGCGGUGGUGCCGGUAACAUUGAGGGUCUGAUUUCUAUUGAUGAAAAGCCUUCUUACACCAAGUUUGCUUACGCCGACGAGUACAGCUACAGCACGCUGAAGUUUCUGGAUGACAAGCACCUCCAGAUUGAUUUCAUUUGCUCAUCAACUGGUGAAGUCCUAGACUCCAGCACAUUGUACAAGGUUCAUUCCAAUCCAUUUGUUAUUCAGUAA